UCAAUUACAACAUACAUAAAAGUGGACAACUCACUGAAUUUUCAGAAACAGAACACACGGCGCCACACCCAACAUCAGGAUCAUGAAACAGAACAUUUCCAGCAGCACAAAGCCGCCUUGCGCUUCCACCAGGCGUCCCUCAACAGUUUCAAGCCCCGCAACGUGAAGUGCACAGAAGUCUGGCUGCAUUGAGGUCUCCGGCCCGGUCCGCCAGGUUCCCGGCAUGCAGCGCGGCGAUCCCGACGUGCCCCGCGGCGCGCGGAGCCGGCUACCCGGUGCGCUGUGAGGCGGGCGGAAGCGGUGGCGGCGUAGCGUGAGGCUGCGUGUGUGCUGGCGGGCGGAGGCGACAACUCGGGGUCGACAUGGAAGUGUGUUCCAGUUACUGACUGAUCUGAAAGAGCAACGGAAAGAAAGUGGAAAGAACAAACACAAUUCUGGGCAACAGAACUUGAAUACUAUCACCUAUGAAACAUUAAAAUAUAUAUCAAAAACACCAUGCAGGCACCAGAGUCCUGAGAUUGUCAGAGAGUUUCUCACAGCAAUGAAAAGCCACAAGUUGACCAAGACCAUUAUGUUGAUGUAUGAUGUUGGACAAGAGUGAUAAGAGCAGACAUCCCUACCUUGUUCCUGAUGUUAUGGGAAGGCUUUCAGUUAUUUACCAAGCUGAAAAGCUUCAGCUGCUGAACCACAGGCCUAUGACUGCUGUUGAGAUCCAGCUGAUAGUAGAAGAGAGUGAAGAACGGCUCACGGAGGAGCAGAUCGAAGCCCUCCUCCACACCGUCACAAGCAUUCUGCCUGCGGGGCCAGAGGCUGAACAGAAGAAAAAUACGGAUGACGUGACAAUGGAUGAAGAGGACCCAGCAUAGAGGAGCACAGCUGGCCCAUCCACCUCAUGAAGCCGAAAGGCCCAGCAGCCAUUUCCCAGACAUUCAGAGGAUUGUUCAUUUGGUUGUACCCUCUAUCCCAGCAGGCCUGAUUUCAUGGUUAGUUGGAUAAAUCACAAAAAUAAGCUAAAAAGAAGUACUUGUGCCUCUGGGAGAUGAAACAUGGUGAAGACAGGCUGAGGUUGUCAGGGCAGAGAGCUAAAGAGAGGAGGACAGAGCCAAAGAGGACAAUGACUGUGGAACCCUCUGUGGUCAAAAUAUUUCUUCUGUGGCCUUUGCCACAGUUGUGGGAAGGCCCCCAUACACAGCUGGUAAAGUACUUGUGUUGCCUUUGAUGGGCUGUGUCCUAAUUAGUUUCAUCUGCUUCCCUAGGAGCUUCCCAAGCAGGGGCUCUGAGCACUGUUGGGAUGAGAGCAGAGUUAAGAGAAUCCCGUAAGAUGACUAGAAACUCCCAGAGCAGCAGAUAGUUGCUUUAGGUUAAAAUGAGCCACUGAAUUUGGCUUACCUCAGAGGAAUCUUUUCCUCGAGAACAUUGGAGAUAAGAGAACAGCCUGGCCAACCCUUGAUCGGGUCUGAAGGCUUGUUUCCUUUGCUGGCAGGGGUGGUGUUUACCAGCUCACACUAUUCAGUCUUAAAUGUUAGGGUACCGACCGGCCCAUUCCAGUUAAAAAGCGGCACUCCAGACUGAAUGACAGCUCAGCAGAAGAACAGCAUUGGCCGCCUUUCUAAUGACCUUCGGUUUCCUGCCCUGAGACAGGAGCCCUGAGUAGACACCUUUGUGUCAAGUCUGGGUGAACUUCAUUUGCAUGAUGGGCAAAUUGUCUGCAUCUUUUGAAAGGGGUCAGUUAUAUAGCUCUUCAUGGAUAAAAUAUGGAGAAACCGGAGGUUGGUCCCUAAGAAUUUGAAUUUUUAGCUGUUGCAAGGGUGUAUCAGUUUUUUAAUUUAAAAUAUUAGGAUAAUUACCAUGUGAAGAACUUAUUGAUACUGAGGCUUUGGAGAGUUCAGUAGCUCCAGAUGUGUGGUUGCCCUAAUCCUAGGAAUGUUGCUGAAAAUUAAUUUUCCACAUUCGCUCUGCUCCUGACUUGGGGAAGAAAAUGCCCACAGACGUUAAUUUUCCAGAUUGGUACUUAUUUUGUUGUGAGAUUACAUAUUUUCAGUGCUGCUGUUAACUGGAUGACUUCCCACCCCCUUGCAAUUUCCAGGUUGUGUCAACCUCCCUACCACCCCUGCCAGUUGCACUCAUGUCUUUCUUAACCUUAUCAUCUGAGAAUCACCUGAGAUGUGUUUACAGGCAAAACUGGAAUUCACAGGGCAUUUAUAUUGAAGUCUCUUGUCUGUAUUGGGAAUUUCACCAGGAAUUGUUGAUUUUUCUUGUCAAGGCAUCACAUGGGUACCCAUGCCACUGUUUCAUUUUAACUGUGAGUGUGUUUGAUGUAUUUUUUUAAAUGGAUUAACCUAAUUAAUAAUAAAUUGUUUCCAAGUGACCACCAA